UUACUGUUGAGAAACAUUGUUCACAUGUUGAUCUGAGGAGAGAAGAGGAAGAACAAACCCCCAGUUUCUUUUUUUUUUUUUCAAUUGCCGAGGAAAUCCCCCUCCUCAUCCCAGCAGCCGACAAGAUACCGUUUUUGCUUUUGGAUAUGGGUCACUUGUUAUAAUAAAAGAAAAGGGAUUCCUUGUUUCGUGCACGGACAGGAUGGAGGGGGUAUUUGGAAGAUGCAGUGUGUAACAAGAACCAAGUGGAAGAAAACAAGCUGGGAAUUUGCUGUGAAGCCCGUGGACCUAAGCAGGCCUGAGGGCUCUGACAUAUACCAAAUCCCUGCCCACGGGAACGGGGGAGAUUAAAAACUUCUGAUUGAGGUGGAGAGGAAAGAGAAGCGGGAGAGGGGGAGAUAGGGACACAGAGAAAACGUGUAUCGCUCACCUUUGUUCUUCCUGAUGCCCCAAGUGAAGGAUCUCCACAGGAAGUGUGUGUGAAUAACAGCAGCAGCUGCCCACCGCCGUGGUCAGAGGAUGGAGUGAGGGUUUGAAAGAGGAGAAGAGAACUGGAUUACAUGCAGUGAAAGAGUCAAGUCCGUAUUCUCUGUUAAUUGAAUGCCUGCAAGAGAGGAGAGACAUGAGAGGAAGCCUUUCUGCGCCAACUGCUUCCAGAGGUAUUGCAAUUAACCCUCUGGCCAUCAUAAAGUAAUACCUGGCUUCUGCUCUUUUCUGAUUGCUGGGCUCGGUCACACGGGGUGGACGUGCGCUCAGGCCGUGAUCAUGUCUCAACCCUCAGCGUGUCGACCGGAUCGGACCGGCUGUCAGAGAAAUGGCCUGUUUCUGUCGCUGCUGCUGCUGCUUCUCCUCAGCUCUCUGAAGGCCGCCCAGGCUGCCAAGCCCAAAGGGCCGGGACACACACAUUUGAACUCCAUCCGCAUAGAUGGAGACAUCUCCCUGGGUGGGCUUUUCCCGGUGCACGCCCGAGGGCACGACGGAAAGCCGUGCGGGGAGCUGAAGAAGGAGAAGGGCAUACACAGGCUGGAGGCCAUGCUCUUCGCCCUUGACCGCAUCAAUAAUGACAAUAAUCUGCUGCCCAACAUCACACUGGGAGCUCGUAUUCUGGACACCUGCUCCCGGGACACUCACGCCUUGGAGCAGUCUCUCACCUUCGUGCAGGCUCUAAUCGAGAAGGACGGCACCGACGUCAAGUGUCUGGGUGGCGGAGCGCCCAUCAUCACCAAACCUGAGAGGGUGGUGGGCGUCAUUGGAGCGUCCUCCAGCUCUGUCUCCAUCAUGGUGGCCAACAUACUUCGCCUGUUUAAGAUACCCCAGGUGAGCUACGCCUCCACAGCUCCGGAGCUCAGCGACAACACCCGCUACGACUUCUUCUCCCGAGUGGUGCCUCCAGACACCUACCAGGCCCAGGCCAUGGUGGACAUCGUCAAGGCCAUGCGCUGGAACUACGUCUCCACCGUGGCCUCUGAGGGAAACUACGGAGAGAGCGGCGUCGAUGCUUUUAUUCAGAAGUCUCGGGAGGACGGGGGUGUUUGCAUCUCCCAGUCAGUCAAGAUUCCCCGGGAGCCCAAGCAGGGAGAGUUCGACAAGGUCAUCCGGCGACUCAGAGAAAACCCAAACGCAAGAGUCGUCAUAAUCUUUGCCAACGAAGAUGAUAUCAGGCGGCUACUUCAUGCAGCUAAAAAGGCGAACCAGACAGGUCAUUUCAUCUGGGUGGGCUCGGACAGCUGGGGCUCAAAGAUCUCUCCGGUUGUGCACCAGGAGGAGAUGGCAGAGGGAGCCGUCACCAUCCUGCCCAAGCGCCAGUCCAUCAAAGGGUUUGAUCGCUACUUCAUCAGCCGAACGCUGGAGAACAACAGACGGAAUAUCUGGUUUGCUGAGUUCUGGGAGAACAACUUCAGCUGCAAGCUCAGCCGUCACGCCGUGAAGAAAGGGUCCGGGCUCAAAAAGUGCACAAGCAUAGCUGGCAACCCUGUGCUCUUCAACGAAAACGGAGACGCCCCUGGACGCUAUGAGAUCUACCAGUACCAGAUCCAAAACCAAAUGGCUGAAUACAAAAUCAUCGGCCACUGGACAGAUCAGCUCCACAUUAACGUUAGUUCGAUGCAGUGGCCGGGUGGUGUCCGUCAGAUCCCUUCCUCAAUCUGCAGCCAGCCCUGUCAGCCUGGUGAGCGCAAGAAAAUCGUGAAGGGUAUCCCUUGCUGUUGGCACUGCGAGCGCUGUGAUGGUUAUCAGUAUCAGGCCGACACCUACACGUGUAAGAUGUGUCGCUUUGAUUUGCGGCCAAACGAAAAUCACACGGGCUGUGCUCCGAUCCCCAUUGUUAAGCUGGAGUGGAGCUCUCCCUGGGCGGUCAUCCCCGUGCUUAUUGCUGUACUUGGCAUCAUGGCCACUUUGUUUGUGGUGGUCACGUUCAUCCGCCACAACGACACCCCCAUCGUGAAAGCAUCAGGCCGAGAGCUGAGCUAUGUGCUGCUAACUGGCAUCUUUCUCUGUUAUGCCACAACUUUCCUGAUGAUUUCAACCCCUGAUGUAGGAAUCUGCUCCCUGCGGAGGAUCUUCUUGGGUCUGGGGAUGAGCAUCAGCUACGCUGCCCUACUCACCAAAACAAAUCGAAUUUACCGCAUCUUUGAGCAGGGUACCAUGUCCGUAAGUGCACCCAAGUUGAUUUCUCCAGCCUCCCAGCUAGUUAUCACAUUCACCCUGGCAUCAGUGCAGCUGCUCGGGGUGUGUAUCUGGUUUGGCGUUGAUCCUUCCAAGGCCAUAAUUGACUAUGAGGACCAGCGGACGUCUAACCCUGUGCUGGCUCGUGGUGUGCUCAAGUGUGACAUCUCUGACCUGUCUCUCAUCUGCCUGCUGGGCUACAGCAUGCUGCUCAUGGUCACCUGUACAGUCUAUGCCAUUAAAACCAGAGGGGUGCCCGAGACCUUCAAUGAGGCAAAACCCAUCGGUUUUACCAUGUACACCACCUGCAUUAUUUGGCUAGCGUUCAUCCCAAUCUUCUUUGGCACUUCGCAGUCCACGGAAAAGAUGUACAUCCAAACAACCACACUGACCAUCUCGGUGAGCCUGAGCGCCUCGGUGUCCCUCGGGUUGCUCUACAUGCCGAAAGUCUACGUGGUUCUCUUCCACCCAGAGCAGAAUGUGCCCAAGCGCACACGCAGCCUCAAGGCCGUGGUUACUGCCGCCACCAUGUCCAACAAAUUUAACCCCAAGGCUGGACUCAGACCCAACGGAGAAGCAAAAACCGAGCUGUGUGAAAGCCUGGAAACACAAACAUUCCCAACAAAGCAAACCUACAUCAGCUACAGCAACCAUGGAAUCUAAUUGAAGGGACAGAGGUUCUUAUCAUAAUUCAGGAUUUCCACCAUGAUGGACGGAGGAGAUGGGGGAAAAAAAAAAAAAAAAAAAAAGAGGAUGUGUCAUUGAACAAGUGGAGAUCAGAGAAGCUUUGCCCUGGGAAACGACAUGGUGAGGAGAGACCACAAAGACGUGCAGAGACGGACAAACACAGGACCUGGACUGAUAACACUACAUUUCCUAGAUUCCAUCUUUUGUCUGCCUCAGAAGAAUAAACAUGAAAAUGAAAAAUACUUGCAUGGCAGAGACCUGGAGGCUGAAGGACGGUGCUUUCCUUUUGAGUGUUUCAGCUAUGACCUCUUUUGAAGACGUCUCCCGUCGUCCUGAGCAGCGCUGACUGAACCCGAACUGAAAUAAAGAAUAUGUUCAGGUGUUCUCAGUGAUGUCUGCCAGUUUUGCAAACUACAAUUAAUCUUAAAAUUCUCAAGGCAUCACAAGGAAUUAAUCAUCACCAGAAAGGCAUGAAAACGUGGUCCUUGGAUUUCCAAGAGGGGGUUUGUGUUUUGUUCUUAUUUUUUUAUCUCUAAGUGUAUUCUGGUCCCAUGAGUCAAACGACUGGAGAUGGGGAUCAUCUCAACAGUGCAGCAAAUCUCCUGUACCUGACCCUGUAUUUUUAUUUCUUCUUCCACGUUUCCACUGACUUAUCAAGAAUGGCUACACAUAUAAGACGAUCUCUGCUGAUUUUGAGCAUGCCAGUUUCAACAUCCUGUGUUGUGUUGUUUAAAAUAAAAGAGAGAAAAAGUACUAAUAAAAAAAAAACUAAGAAAAUUAAAAAAUUAUAUCUUUGGAAUGCGUUUUAAACUCUGUUGCAGCGUUGUUAACAAUUGUUUGGGCCUGAGCCUAUUGUGCGUUAAAACCUGUUCUCAAAUGGUGACGGUCUAGUGAGUGAUUGUUUAUCUGUGCUUAAGUGAGGCCAUGAUUUGUAUUACCAGCGAGCCCGAGACUGCCACUCAGCAUACCUGUAUGUGCAUUGACACAAGCGGCUCCUGGUUAAAAUGAACAGUGUUUUAGCCGGGAGCAGUCGUCCUGGAUGACCCUCCCAUCACUGCCACCAGCUCUCUCCACCACACGUAGUGUAAGGGUAUUAGGAGGGGAAUUAAGAUGAAGUAUGCCCCUGAGAGGACGGAGCAAUAUGCCCCGAAGGUGAUAUCCAUAAUGGACCGGCCACUGAGGAAAUUCAUUACUAUACAUGUCCUCUCCAGGCACUUUCAUGAUAGGGAGGAGGUGUCAGGGAGUUGUGAGGCUUUUCAACAAAUGAAAAUCUAAUUGCAAACGUAUACAAUAUCUCUAUCCAUCACCCUCAGCUCGCUGAAAAGAUUAAUAGUUGGCUUUGUGCAGUAUAAAAGCCCUCUAAUGUCUUGGGGAAAAUAUUGUGGGGUCAUUUGUGUUGUGAAUUCAAUGCUGCUUUUCAUGCCUCCCUCUGUAUUACUUUCAACACCAUUUGUGUUGCAGAAUAAAACGUGAGUGCUGACCAAAUUAAAUGGUGAGUUAAUGUAUGUUAUUAAAUAUUGAUUGAUGACGUCUGCUUUAUGUCCUGACAUCCUAAAAUUGGGGAAAAUGUAGAAAAAGAUACAGUGCCUGGCUAUCUGACUAUGUAUUUGUAAAACCUCAUGAAAACUAAU